AUGCCAAAUGUUUCAAUUCCACUCCUUUGGGAGCAAAUUGUUGAUUUGAGCUAUAAACCACGACUUAAUAUUAUUGAUCAUGAGCAAACAUCAAAGGUUGUGGAGCGCCAUUUUCAUGAUAUUAUAGAAAGAUAUGGAGAGACUGUAGCAGUUGACCUAACCGAUAAGCAUGGCGAUGAGGGUCAACUGAGUAUGGCAUAUGCUACUGAAAUGGAAAAGCUGCCAAAUGUGAGAUAUAUUUCAUUUGAUUUCCGUCACUAUUGUGGCAACUCAAACCUCGACAAUAUACAAGUUCUCUAUGACCAAGUCUCUGAGGAUCUUCAAAAGGAAGGGAUUGCUGAUGCUAAAGAAAACUUAGGUGAAAGCGAAAUUAGAGAAGCCCAUUUAGCCAAGUCAUUGUUUUUCAUACGAAUUGGCGACAAGGAGAAGGCUUUGGAACAGCUCAAGUUAACAGAAAGCAAGACAGUAGCUGCUGGGCAGAAAAUGGACCUGGUUUUCCAUACACUACAGAUUGGCUUUUUCUAUAUGGAUUUCGAUCUUAUUUCCAAGAGCAUUGAUAAAGCAAAGAAGUAAGGGGUGGUGGCCUGAGGAGGGAGGUGACUAGGAAAGGAAGAAUCGUCUAAAGGUGUAUGAAGGCUUAUACUACAUGUCUACUCGAAACUUUAAGAAAGCCACCAGUUUGUUUCUUGAUUCGAUCUCAACUUUCACAACUUAUGAACUUUUCCCAUAUGACAACUUCAUAUUUUACACGGUCCUUACCAGCAUCAUAUCGUUGGAUAGAGUUUCCUUGAAACAGAAGGUACGCACAGUUGCACAUUAGGGUUUUGGCAUGGAAUUGUUUUCCCCUUGAUAAUUUUUUAGAGAGAUGCUUGGCUGGCAGUAUUUUGGUUUUCUUUUCUUUUUUUUGAUUGUCUUUACUUUCCUUUCCUUUCCUUUCCCUUUUUUGUUUUUCCUGGUGAUAAAGAAAGAAAAAAAGGGAGGGGGAGG